AUGGCUCCGGGCCGAUGUAUUUAUGCUACAAAAAACCGCUUUUUUCACCCACCCAGCCCCAAAGUGGCUGCAAAGCCCCCAGGGCAGAGUGCGGCCGUGCGGCGCGGCUCCGGCCCAGGCCCCGGCGGCCCCAUUGUGCGGGGCAUUGUGGGAGUGACGUCGCUCUCCCGCUUCCGCCUCGAUGGUGGCCGCUUCCCGCUAGAGAGGCCGUUCCGGCGGGCCCCGGGGCAUGCCGGGACGGGGCCGCCUCUCGUUGACCUCCGCCGAGCUGCCAUGGCGGCGCCGCCGGUCGUUGUCCUCCUCCUCCUCUUGCUGCUGGCGGUGAUGGCGGCGGGAGGCGGCGCGGGGCCCGCCUGGGACGCGGCCGGUUACCUGCUCUACUGUCCCUGCAUGGGCCGGUUCGGGAACCAGGCCGAGCACUUCCUGGGAGCCCUGGCCUUCGCCCGCGCCCUCAACCGGACCCUGGCCGUGCCGCCGUGGAUCGAGUACCGCCACCACCGCCCGCCCUACACCAACCUGCACGUCCCCUACGCGGAGCACUUCAGGCUGGAGCCGCUGCGGCGGUACCACCGCGUUGUCAGCCUGGAGGACUUCAUGGAGAAGCUGGCGCCCCUUCACUGGCCCCCCGGCAAGCGAGUGGCUUACUGCUUCGAAGCGGCAGCUCAGAGGAGUGCUGACAAAAGCACUUGUCCCAUGAAGGAUGGAAAUCCAUUUGGUCCCUUCUGGGAUCAGUUCCAAGUGAAUUUUGAUAAGUCUGAGCUCUUCAAGGGGAUCUCCUUCAGUUCCGCUUACAAGGACCACUGGAUCCAAAGGUUUUCACCAUCUGAGCACCCUGUACUUGCCUUACCUGGAGCUCCAGCCCAGUUUCCAGUCUUAGAGGAGCACCGACCCCUCCAGAAGUAUAUGGUGUGGUCUGAUGAAAUGGUGAAGAAAGGAGAGGCCUAUAUUCACUCUCUGCUGGUCAGGCCCUACGUGGGAAUUCACCUGAGGAUCGGCUCAGACUGGAAAAAUGCUUGCAAUAUGUUAAAGGACGGGACGGCCGGGCCGCACUUCAUGGCUUCACCGCAGUGCGUGGGCUACGACCGAAGCUCUGCGGUCCCUCUUACCAUGGACAUGUGCCUGCCAGACCUCAAAGAGAUCAAGCGUGCUCUCAAGCUCUGGGUGAAAAAGACAGAAGCUAAAUCUGUUUAUAUCGCCACUGAUUCUGAGCCCUACACGACGGAAAUACAGCAGUUCUUCCAAGGAAAGAUCAAGGUGGUUAGCUUGCAGCCAGAAGUGCCUCAGAUUGAUUUGUAUGUUCUUGGCCAGUCCGAUCAUUUUAUCGGGAACUGUGUCUCUUCAUUUACUGCCUUUGUGAAAAGAGAGCGCGACGUGCAUGGAAAACCCUCUUCAUUUUUUGGCAUGGACCACCCACCAAGAUUACGGGAUGAAUUCUGACCAAAAGAGGAACAGGCCCCUUAAUUCUCGGGGCUCUGAGCUUGGUUCCCUGCCGAGGGACCGCUUGGUGCUAACAGCGUUCUCCUGCCUGUGGAGCAUGCUGCCAGGCUGCGCAGACCUGCGUCAGCCCAGUGAUACUCCUCACUGUCGCUUCCAGACUGUUUUGUCCGACUUCUCUUGUAUUUCCAGCGUGAGGUCAGACAGAAAAGAAAUUUCAAAUCAUGUAGUUUAUAGGAAACUAUAAACUAUAUAUAGUUUGUAAGAUGUAGUUUAUAUAGCUCUCCAGUCUCGCUGUCUGGGGUUUGCCAGCAAUCAUGAUGAAGCAGCUGCUCAGAUUCCUCUUCUCCAUUUUUUUUUUCCGUUAAAUCUUAAAUUUUACCUAGAGGUGUUGUGAAGCUUCUUGGCCAAAACUGACCGUAAGUUCUUUUUAAGUGCAAAGUAUUGUCAGAAAUACCAUUGUCCCUGGAAACAAGUGCAAGAUAAAGCUCAGGACUGGAAAUCAGCUCUGGGUUUUAUCGAGUACCUCUGUUGCCUUACGAGACCCAUGUCACCUCAGUGCCUCGGUUUCCAUUCCCCUGUCAAAAGAGAUCCCACACCCGCUUCGCAAUGGUGCUGUGGGGCGCCUGGAUCUCUUCAGCGGUGCUAGAGAAGCGCAGCGGGGGCGUGUUUUAAUGUGGCAGUCACCUCUCCAGCUCAUCUUCGUACGGAACUGGGGAGAAGGUGUUUGCAGGGAGGCAGGCCGGAGAUCUUUCAUAGCCAGUCGAGAGUUGGAGAUUUAGGGCUCGUAGCUUUGUAGCUGUUGAUGUCAGGUAGAUGUCUGUGGUGGGAAUGAAACUGCUUCUGAGCUAAGAGUUUUAAAGUAGCCGUAGUGGAGUUAGUGUACGUCUUACCUAGGUCUCUGUUAAUGGUUUCUGUGUUCUUGUUUGAUUUUGUACUUUGUAAAACAACCCCUCUGACAACAGAACUCCUGUCUGGGGGGGUGGUUCCCAGCAAGGAUAAUUGUGGGAAGUGUUCGCUGAUGAUGAAGCAGAAGCCCAAAACCCCUUCGUUUGACCCAGUAUAGUUUAGUGCUGGGAACACCAAUAAUCCCGCUGUGGUGAGUCUCAACGUGACCAAUGCCUGUGGGUACUCCUGUGGCUUUAAUUUUAUGGUUUUUGGCCAAAGACUGAGUACAGAACUUUCUGUUCCUUUUUUAAAAUGCUGCUUAGGUGAAGCUGUGGUACCAGGGCUGGCUGCCUCUAGUGCAUUACUACGGUCUAAACAAUGCCGUCUCAGAGCGUUUAUGGGGGUUCAACUCCAAAUGUCUUGUGGGAUUUUUGGUGGUGGGUUUUUUCCUCCUUGGAAACGUUCCUGAGCUUUGAAGGAGUUUGAAGGCUCAAGGGAGUGAGCAGAAGAGGGCUAAAUGCGAAGGUACCCCCAGAAUCAGGGUGGCAAAGGCUCGUCUCGUGUUUCCUCAGCGCUGGCUUCCAGAAAUUUGUGGGAUUUGGUAGUUUCGGGGCCUCUGGCCGCAUCCCGGUGUGGGCAGGGGAGGCCGGGUGGCUGGACACCUGCACACUGCUCUGUAUUUCGCUCAGCUGUCUUGCAUGGUGCUGUCGGGGCUGCCUUGCCUCACUGCAGCGCGAGGGCAGCCGUUCCCCGUACUCUUGGGAAGACUGCCUGCUAAGAGAGAAUGCUUG